AUGGAUCCGGCAUCCUGCUCGCCAGAAUCGAUCUCGAAAGAUUUCCGAGGGAAUAUGCUUAGUCUUGGAGGAGGCAGAAGUCCGCCUGGAUCAGGCCAAUUAGGACUUCAGAAUGAUGGUCGCCACUACAACAUGGAACAUGUGAUCCACGCAAACGUUUCCAUGAAAAGCUCUAUUUGCUCAGGACGGAAAGACAAAACUCCUCGUAACAGAACCAAUGGGAGUCGUAUGACCGGCACUAGAGAGAUAUCCUAA